GGAGAGUGCGCUGACAGACGCCAUGACUUCAACCGUAGCCGGAGCAGAAAAUGGAUGAUUCCUGCUGUAGCUGAGCGGCCGUGUGUUUCUCCGCCGCGAGGAUUCACCUGUAUACCCCAGAAAGAAGGAGACGAACCCGGGCAUCGGUUCACUGCGAGGAGCCGAGUAGAAAACAGCCUGAGCAGUUUGUUGCUGCUGUAGGUAGCCAAGUGCUAGCAGGCUAAUGCUAGCAGUCGCUAGGCUAGGCUAGCACGACAAUAACAACCGGGAAACUAAAAUCAAAUAAACCUGCUUUCCCCUGCGCAGCUGAAUGAAAGUGAGAUAAAUCGGGGGAGCGGCUGCACCUGCAGGUAUGGCCUGGGUUUGAUUCUGACGGUGCUGGUGAUGGCAGAAGAGAGAGACAGUGUCGAAAUGCCCUCCUUUGACCCAAGUCCUAGUUCUGAAGCAAAAAAGAGACCUUCUUCUUCUGAUGGCAGUAAAUGCAGUCUAUGGCGGGACUCAUCCUUCAUAAGCAUGGACCUUCAUGGCCUGACAGGAGACGAGCCCAUGAGGAAAAUGCCUGUGUCAAAAUUUGGUUCCAGACCUCGAUUCGAGCCUGUUCACUUUGUCAGUGGUGGAAGCAGUGGAGGACCUGGCACCGACGAGAAGGAGAACGACAAGGAGCGCAGGAGGAGUGAGUCAUACGGAAUGAGACAGUGGGACACUGAGCACUCCUCCUACGGCAGCACCAGCAGAGCACAGGGCUCCUCCUCCCUGAGGUCUGCUUUUGACAGAGUGCCGUCGUACGCGUCUGACUCUUGGGGCUCCCAUAGAGACAGAGACAGGGACACUUCUUUAGGUGGUACGAUUGGCAUAGGCUAUGGAGGACGUGGGUCUUCUACAAACUUCAUUGCAAAAACACAGCAGGACUAUACAGCCAAGUAUGAUACCCACUCCUCUCGAAAUGCAGACUAUUCUCAGCCCCAAAGGUAUAAUGGAUAUGGUGGAGCGGGCAGAUCAGGAGGGUGGGAUUCAGGACGUCCGGGUUCGGGAUUCGGUUAUCAAGACCGGCCGUCCUCAAGCAGACCAUUCACCCGAGUCUACAACAGUCCAGGCAGAAGCAGUCCGAGCACGUCACAGCUGGGCCCUGCAUCACAGCCUCCUCCUAUAGCUCAGUCAACAUUGGAUGACAAGCAAAGGCUAAUUCAAAGUGUAGCCUCUGCGUUGGUUUUUGCUGCUAGGGACCCCGUGUAUAUGACCGGAAGUGAAUCACCAAAUUAUAAUUUCAUGUUGAGCCGCAGCAUUCAGGCCUGCAAGACCAACCCAGAGUAUAUUUAUGUCAAUCUGAAGGAUAUUCCUCAGGCGGACCUACCCAAGAACAGGAAAGUACCAUCGGACGGUUAUGCCUGUGAACUGCGAUGUCAGGGUGUGUUCCUCGCUACUGGAUACUCUGGCAGUAAAAAUGGGGCGAGAGACCGAGCGUCCGAGCAGGCUGUAAAACUCUUCCUGAAACAAGUUGAAGUUCGUGUUACGCAGCGCAAAUUCAGACACUCGACUGUCAAUGACAUAGUUGUGUGCCAGAUGCACAGCCCGACUCCGCCCUUUUUGCCUGCUCUCCGCAAUCCAGAGGAUAAACCAACGCCCAGCUCUAAAGGCCAAUACGAGCCUGACAAACGCAAGCACUGGACAGAGUUUGUGGUGAUGGACAAUGCCCACGACGCCAUCUGCAUUCUCAACAACUCUGCAGCUUUUAAUCGCAUGAAGAUAGACUACAAGUACGACCUCCUCCCCAACACUUCUUGGCUGUGCAGCGUCUUUGUGCAGGAUGAGCUGGUUGCGCAGUCAUCAGGCACAAAGAAGAGCUCCAAGCACUUAGCAGCCUCCGAGGCAGUGAGGAAACUUCGCAUGAACCAGGCACAACGAGAGCAACAGCAGCAGCAGCAGCAACUACAGCCACAGCAGCCCCAACAGUACGCCAGAGGAAAUAACCCGUCAGAUUCUGCAGGACGCUUUGGGCAACAGGGCGUCAAAAAGAAGCAUCUGAGCGAGUUGGUUAUCCUGGAGAACUCGGACAAUGCUAUUUGUAUCAUCAAUGACACAGCACAAUUUAAUAAAGUGACUGCUGAUUACAAGUUCACUGUCCUGCCCGAUCAUCGCUGGAGGUGUGAAGUUUACUUAGAAGGACAGUAUGUGGCUGCAGGAAUUGGGUCCAAGAAGAUAGUGAAGCACAUUGCAGCGACCGAGGCUCUGGGGACUUUGAAACAGACGCAGGCCGUGGUCAAAUCCAACCUAAGAAAAGAGGGUCACAACGACGCCAUAUCCAGAUCCCAGAUCCUGGCUCGCUCUGGUCAGGAGGCCACAAGACAGGAGAUAAAAGAAGACAACAUCGGAAACCAGCUGCUCCGCAAGAUGGGCUGGAAAGGCGGUGGCCUCGGUCGAGAUGGCGAGGGCAUCGCGGAACCAAUCAGAGUGAAGGAGCAGUUUUCCAGAGAAGGGUUCGGUAUGGACAUGGACAAAGCAGGAAAUCAACUGAGCAAGCGUGACAUUGAGCACAUCAUUCGUACCUACGCUGGUUCAGACCGUCAGGAUGAUCUCCGCUUCUCCUCCGACCUCACCAACGACGAACGCAAACAGAUCCACCAGAUAUCUCAGAAAUACGGCCUGCGGAGCAAGUCGUACGGACAGGGGUGGCAGCGCUUCCUCAUUGUCAGUCGCAAAGUACACAAAGAUCAGCUGAUUGGUCAGCUUCUGCAGGAAGGACAGGUGGGACGAUACGAACUCGUGAAACCUCAGGCCUCUCACUAAUUUGCAAGCAAAGCAAAAUGAGGGGGGGGAAGGCAAAAACUCAUCAUUGGCUUGGACUUCAGAAUAAAUCACAUUUAAUAUAAACUGAUUCUUUUAAACGUGUGGGAAAGUUACAACACUCAUCCAGUGAGAAUCGUUCAGAUAUCACCUGUGGUUUCUGCAUUCCUUUGCCAUGUAAAGUAUCUGAGCUUUAGCAGGAGCUGUAGGAUGAACUGACUUUUUUUUAUCUCCUGCCAUUCCACGUCCUGUAUUUGUUUCACUUAUGCACAAGCUUGUGUUCAGUUCUUUUAUGGUGUCAUGUCCCAAUUAUGCAUCAUUUAUAUCAAAAAGUGACCACAAGUCACCGAAAUAUUUUUUUUGUUCCAUGGCUACGAAGGAACUUGGCAGAAUAUGCAGCUUGUCACUACUCGUUUGUGGACCCUUGGGUCAUGACAAGGAUUGAAGGCAUUAUGUCAAACAGUAGCUAGCUACUCAUACCAGUCUCACUGUAGUGAUAUUUCUUAUCAGCAAUACCUGCAAUGUUGUUCGCUCUGUCAACAGCUGGAGACCAUCCUACAAAUAGAAACCACAUCUAUAACAGGAGAAAACCUCCACAUGGAAACUGUGAGCUGUGAUCUAUGUUCAGAUGUGUUGGUUUGUGUGAGUACAGUUUACUUGUCUGCUUGUUUUCACAGCUGUAAAAUCUGAAUAAAUUAAAAACUGAUCAACAAGCUGAGCACAAUCAUAUAUUUGUUUUCCACAGAGUGUAAAAAGCAAAAGACACGUGUUGUAUAUUUAUUUUAUUUACAAGAAAAUGUACAGUUAUUACAUGGGUUACCAGUGCAAAGGUUUAUAAUCUGAAUACAGACACCAUCCUGUUUUAACAGUGUAAUCAGCUUGUAAAAUAGCAUAAAAAUGUCAGCAUUAUGAAACUGCAUGAAACAGUCAAGUGCCCAGAGUGGGAACUCGAUGUCUUGCUUCAGUCUUUAAGAGGGACGUCACCUGUUCACCAAUAUCUAGAAUGUAUUUAAAAUCCAAGGCUUGGCUUUACAGGUCCAGCUGAGAGAGAGAACGGCAUCAUGCCAGGUUAAAUUCUCUGUCCCACUGAAAGGCUUUCAAAUGGCAGAAAGAAAUAAAACCAAAGAAAAGAGUGAAAGCACUGACACAGAAUGAGAAACACCCAUGAACAGUAUUUUUUCCUGUUUGUAAAUAUAUGAACUGUAUCAACACAGCAAACCACACAGCAAGCACAUCUAAUUCACUGUCACGUGUCAUCCAGCCAGUUUAAAAACAACAGGUAGAAAAGUGACAACUGAGACACCGGCCGUGGCCUGUUUU